AUGCCGGUCAAUAUCGAAAGUGAUGUGUUUCCGUUUCAUAAACUGGACAGUGUUGGAUUGCAAGAAGUAUUAAAACACUUAACGUUGAUGGACGUAUUUGAAUUGUCCUACACUACGGCCAAUGUUAAAAAUGUUCUGGGUGAAACAAGUCAGCCAAUCAAAGCGAUAAAGAUUUCAUACAACUCGAAUCAGCCAUCAAUUGAAAUAGCUUCAGGCACGAGCACAUUUCUUUGGACUUUCGGUUAUCCAGAGGGUGUCGAAAUGAGUGACGCCGGGGAAUACAAAGUUGGUCGCUUCCUGUACAAGUGUAUGAAAAGCGAAAACGGAAUACAUACCGAUCACUUCGAUAUUGAGCAAGGAUUUAUCGCUGUUCUCAAAUAUAUUUGUUCGGUAUUCAACUGUUCCAAUGCGGUUAUUAGCGAAUUGAUAAUCGAUUUGGGAGUCAUUGAAGAUUGCAGAACAGUUUGUUCUCAUUACACUGGGUUUAAAAGUAUCGAACGACUAGCUAUUUAUCAAAGCGUUCCAAAUCAUGUUGCAAUUUUGAGUUUUGGGAUGAAUUUUGAUUGGAUCCUGACCAACCUAAUUCCAAAAGACAUGUUCCUUGGAAUUGGUGUCACUGAGCACGUUUUGACUCCAAGGUUGGACACUUUUGAUCUUCUUCCGACUCCGAAGCGAUUCAACAAGAUACUCGAUCUGGACCAUUUUGGUAUGAGUGAAAGCGAAUGGAUCACUAGUGAAGAUUUCCUGAAUCUCAAUCCCAAAACGGCAAUUCUGAUGAACACUUCUUUAACCGAUGAGGAUAUUAACUUGUUCAUCAAACAAUGGCUCAAUUCCACAUCUGAUAAAUUGGAGUGGAUCGAAGUUCAAGUUCAAGGAAGAAAUCUCAGCAAAGAAAGUAUUUUGGCAGACCUGCAAGUACAAAGAGACGACUACCAUUUGCAAAAUUCGAGAUGCUCAAGUAUAUAUCGCAAGUUCGAAACUUCACAAGUAAUUCCAUUCAUUUUCCCACUCGAUUCGAAGAAGGUUUCACGAGCCAACAACGCCGGCGCGGCUACGAUUUCCAUUUAUAGAAACACUUUCUUCUUUCAUGUCAAGAAUGAUGGACCAAUCACUCCUCAGUUAGAAAUGUUCCUUCCAGAAAGACGACGCGAGGCAGUUGGAAUUUUUUUGAAUGGAAACGGUAUUGUUGCAAAUGAGGUAGAACAUGCUGGGUUCCAGUUCCAAAACCAGAUCGGUCCGCGUGAUGAAGUGUUUCCGUUGAGACAGAUGGUUCAAAUGGAACUAGAAAGGUUUGAGCUUCGUCGUUUGAGAGGACAACCUAACGAAGUUUAA